GAGCACUUCGACAUGUUCGAGCUGGAGAAGCAGAAGCUGGCAGGAGAGAAAGAAAGAUGAGCUUGGAGCUCACGACACCUGCGACCUUGGGUUCGAGUCCCAGGGCAAUGAAAGCAUGUCCUCAGGUGAAGUUGGACUUCACGAAGAAGAAGAAGAAGAAAAUGUGGCAUACUUUGGGUUCGAGUCCCAAAGGAAAGAAAGCUUUGGGUUCGAGUCCCAAAGAAGAGAGAAAAAGAAUGACGAGGGCAAGAUGGCCACAAGUGAGGCAACCAUGAACUCACUUGAGAAGAGAGGAAACUAUGUCCUGGAGAAUGUGAACGAGCAGGA